CAACGCGCACACCGAACCCCCGAUUGCGGGGAGCUCGUCGGCUCCUGUCAUGUGUCAGCACACUCGAAAGGGUAUGCGAAGGAUUGGGUGUCGCGCAUUGUCGGCGAUUUCCCGUUUUCAGGGAGAGCAUUCGCCUUGCGCUUCUUUCCGGUUGCCUUUCAGCGUUUACACCCCUGGUCCUUCCGGCUACCCAUCCUACCCAGAAUCAUUCAGUAUUGAACUUCGAUGGUUCCCUGAUCAUUCCUCCACAGGAUUUUCUAUUCCUAUCGAUUCCUCCAGCAUUCCUCUAACUUCACCUCGUAUUCCUUUCGAAGGUAUAAGAGGUUCAUGUGUGCAGCUGCCUUUGCGUGCACAAUUCCGUCUCUUUUGCUGUUCCAACACGUCGGACCAGUUCCACCGCUGUUACGAAUCGUCAGAAUAACGGAGCCUCAUCGUCGCUAUCGACGCGAUAAGCGAGCCGCGCCUUUCUGGAGCUCUCUGAAGCCGUGGCGCUUGCUGUCACGAAGUCGAGUUUUGGCUUCGAACGAAAGAGCUGAACAGAGAACUUGUGAGGUGAUGCGCACCUCGUGUGGCUUGCCUUGUCGGAGGAAACCGGGUUGGUGUGCUUUUGACGGGAAGGCCGGGGGAGUGGCCUUCUCGUCUUUUGUCUAUGUGUAUAUAAAUAAUAAAUUCAUCAAUGUGACCCCGCUUAUCAUCAAUCAAUGAGCGC